UGCUGCAGCUUUAUCUGUUAUAUUCGAGUUAUUAGGCGUCAUUAUGUUAAGGAUUUUGAACAUUUGUUGGCCCGGAGAAAAAACUCUCCAAAUUUCUAAGUGUAACCCAACCUCUCUAAAAAUUAGACUAAUAACAUCCAUCUUUCACAUUUGUGGAGUCAUUAUAGGCUACAUCCUGAUGCUCUGUGUCAUGACGAUGAAUGUUUGGAUACUUAUAUCAAUUUUACUGGGGACCUUCGCAGGCCAUCAUUUUAAGCAAUCAAAUAGAAAAGAACAAACAGAGGUAAACCACCUUAAAGAAAGUGAUAACCACAUUGGAAUACGAUCAAAUAAAGAAACAAGAAGUGAACAAUGUGAACUAUUUCUUGACGCGGAGGAAGAACGGACCGGAUCACAUUCAGAAACAGAGCCUCUCAAAAAGAAUGGUUGUGAAACUUGAAUAAUAUAAUUUCCGAAAUAAUUUUGGAAAGUUCUAGAGCAGUUCAAAGUGCAAGCGGAUGGAAUUUACUCCCAUUUUUGAAAUUCCAUAGCUGGGUCACUUGACAUAGCAUUUAGUGUUUACACAAGCGUUCGAAAGAAAAAAAACCUACAACGUUUAACAUCUGUGUUAUAUCUUGUGUAUGAAGCAUUGUAAUAAUUUGUAUUUGAAUUUUAGAUAGUA